AUGAAUGUAGAGAGAGAAGGUUUUCUCGGCAUGCCUGCUGUCUUGACACCUUGGCUGGAAGCGUUCUAUCUUGUUCAAGAUUGUGUCAACGCUUUCAACUGCAUAUUCAAGGAGAGAUCGCUGGACUUCUCCUACUCUUACAACUUCUCAAACCUGGAAGAUUCUCUUCCAGUCAGGAAGGGAGGCGAUUCCGUCAAGGACGAGGAGGAGGACUCGUUGAGCGGAGCUUUCAGUCACUUCUCAUGGUUGAUCAGUGGCGGCAGGUUCUUGAUCGAGUUCAAGCGCAAGUCCAUGGAGGACUGUUGCCUUUCAAGCUUUGUGCAUUGUAACGACGACGAUCUGUGCUGCGGGCCAAUGAACGAAGGGAUGGCUGGUGUUCGACAAUUCUUCCGCGUGCACAAAUGCUCGAGCGAGUGCAAGGUCAUGUCAGAGCGACUGAAGACAAGAGUCUGCUGGCUGCAGAGAGAUCACAAGGAGCUGAAAAACACAGCGAGAUUUCAAGCAGAAGAUCUGGCAAAAAGGUUGACGCAUGCGAUGGAACAGGAGCUGGUGAAUGAGAAACAAAGGAGAAGUAGUGACCAAGUAGACAGCACACAGAAAGAUGAGACUCAUCGUAAACGGAGGCCGAGAUCAUCGAGUCCUGUCCAGUCUUCACGGAGGUUGAGUCCGAGCAUAUCAGACUAG